AUGUGUCCAGAAGAUUUAUUUGAUUUGAAGAAAUUCCAAGAUCCAGAGUUCUCUGCAAUAGCUUGGUUAAAUAAUACAAUAAGACUCCAUAAUAAAGAUGGGAAUAUCUCAUUACCUGAUACUUUGAAAAAUAUUUCAAAUAAUUGCAAUCAAUUAUUAUCUAAAUACUAUGAUUAUAUUGAGAAGGAUUUAGAUACUAUUUCUAGCUCAUUUGAAAAGAUAAAAGUAUCUGAUAAUGAAAAUAUAUCAAUGUUAGAUAAUUUAAAGUCUCGAAUUUAUCAGUUUAAAAAGGAUAUUUUAAGUAGUGGCGAAUUUUAUGAUAAAAAUGAGUCUAUUGAUGAUAUUUUAAUAUUAUAUGAUCAGAAAAUAAGACUAGAAACAGCUUUACAAUUACUUAGGAACAGUUCGAAAUUUGAAUCAAUGUUACUUGAUAUAGAAGAGAUCUUAAAGAAUAAAGAAAAUAUAAAGUUAAUUAUAAAUAAUGGUGGGCAGGGAUUACAAGAUAUAACUAAUAAAUUUUGUUCUUUAAAACUACUAGUUAGUAGUUUAGAGAGCCUCCCAGAAUUCUUUAUUAGAAUUGAGAAAUUUCAUUCAUUAGAGAAUAAAAUAUUACAUUAUUUUGAUGAAUAUAUUGAGGAAAAAUUUAUAAGAUAUGAUAAUUUUGAAAGUAUUACUAUUAUAUCAUCAUUAUAUGAGAAUCUUGGUCAAAAUCCUAGGCUUGAACAGGCUUUAAUGAAUAUAUUUACUACACAAGCUCAUAGAAUAUGGGAACUAAUUUGGUCAUUUACAUCCUAUGGAUCCCAGAAAUUUGAAAAAGAUGAAAAUGAUAAUAUGAAUAUAUAUAGUUCUCCAAAAAACAAAAGUAUGGAUAAUUUAAUUAUUUUUGAACCUAUACAAGAUUUACAAAUAUCAGAAAUUGGACAUGAUAUAUAUCGUAUUAGGGAAGAUGAAGCAGUGAUUAAAUAUUUUCGAUGGUUUCAUGAAUUAAUUUUAGCUAGAAGGAAUUUUUUUAAGGAUCUAUUUACUAAAGAUGGUAAUUAUAUGAAAAUUUUACAUAAAUUUUAUAGUACUUUGGUUGAAACGUGUAUUCACAGUUUAAGACAGUUUAUAAACUUCAUAACCCAACCAAUUAAAACUAUUACAAAUUUUUCUUUUAAUUAUGGUUUAGAAGCAUGUAUUGAGACGAAACAAGAUAAUAUUUUUAGUAUUACAUAUGAUGGGCUAACAUUAUCUGUAAUUAAUGAUAUUCGUACAGUAUGUCAACGUAUGUAUAAAUCAUUUGAAAUAUCAAUGCAAAUUAUUCAAGAUUGUACAAAUUCCAAUUUAUUAAAUGAUGUUACAGAUAUAUCCCAAAAUAAUUCUGUGGUUAUUAAUGAGAUAUAUGAAACUAUUUUUAAAACUACAAAUAUUUUAUUUUAUCUAUUUCAAUGUGAUGUAAUGGUAAUAAUUCGAGGAGCACAAUCAUUAAGUCCUUUUUUAAAUACAAGUAAUAAUAUAGUAGAUUCUUUAUAUUCUUUAUCUGAGGAAGUAUUAGCAAAUUUUAAUAUAUUGGUAGAUACAAUAACUAGGACUUUUCUUUCAGAAUCAAAUUUGAAUGAGAAUAUUUAUCCUACCCCAUUCCCUAAGGAUGGAUGUGUAAUACAAUUCAUUGUUUUUAUAGAUCAGAUAUUGACGCAAUAUUUACAUUAUUGUAUUCAAGGUUGUAUGAAUCCAUUUCAAAAUGCAAUAAGAUCUAUCAACUCUGAUCUAGUUAAAAAAUUAGGAUAUAAAUUGAAAUAUCUACAGGAUUAUGGUCCACCUAAUCUAUUAGAUAAAGAACUAUUGAAAGCAUGUAUCAAAUUCUACUUUUGUAUUUUAGAUAUAGAUCAAUUAUUUGGGAAUUUACUUAAGAAAUUAUUAAGUCAUUGUCAGGAAAUAUACCAAUUAUCUGAGUAUCAAAAUUCACAAAUAGAUCAAUAUGUUAACUCUCUUUCUAUGGAUAUUAAUAUUGCAGAUAUUAAUAUAAUUAGAGAUGUAAAUGUAGUAGAAGCUGAAAGACUUGCUAAUAUAAUUUUUGAUUUAAUAUCUAAGAGAAGUAAUGACUUAGGAAGAAUUGUUAUAGAUCAAUUUUAUACUUCAACUUUAAUAAGGGCAUUUAAAUGUCAUUUUAUUGAUAUAAUUGCACAAUGUUGCUCAUAUCCUAUAAUGGCACUUCUUGAAAAUUAUUGUGACUUAGAACAAUGGACCGGAAAGUUAGAUUUUAGUAUUCAUGAACAACUAAAUCAUAAAAUUAUAAAUGAUUCAGACCUAUCAGAUAAUGAUAUUACAGAAUUUAUAAGGGAAUUAUGUAUCCAACCUUCACUUCCAGUAGUUACAUCAGGUGAAUAUAUAUUAAGUAUUGUAGUUUCCUUGGAAUCAAAUAUAUCUAAUUAUAAAAACAGUGAUACAAAUAGCCUAGUUACAAAUAUUGUAUAUAAGAUAGCUCAAAUUAUGGAAGAUACAUAUCGUCGUCAAAUUAUUGCUAUGGAUAAGUUAAAUUACUUUGGAUUACUUCAAAUAUUUGUAGAACUUCGUUAUAUUAGUAGUGUAUUUGAAAUAUUAUGUGUUUGCAAUAAAAAUCAAUUAAAUUCAUCAUGGGGACAAGAUUUCGACAGUCUCAGUUCUGCUUUAUCAAUUAUUAUAAAGAAAUCGUCAACAAAACCAUCAAGCGAUAAAAAAACGCUUAUGUGGUAUGAUAUACUUAUUCAAAAAUUUGAUAAAUCUAUUUGUUCUAAUUAG